CAGAGCGUCGUUGGCUUCUCUAACCGCAAUUCGUCGUCGAACCGACAACACGUGCAACAGUUUUUAGUGACGCAUAAAAAUAUUACAAAUAUUUUAAAAAUAAUUAAACAAUAUCUGUAAAUUAAAAGUGAAUACUAUAAAAUAAAUAAAAAAUGUCUUUAAUAAAACUUGAGAGCAACGACAAAGAGAUUUUCGAGGUUGAUAUUAAAGUUGCUAAGAUGUCGAUGACCAUUAAAACCAUGUUGGAAGAUCUCGGAUUGGGAGAUAGCGAUGACGAAGUGGUGCCUCUACCUAAUGUACACUCGGCAAUCUUAAAAAAAGUCAUUGAAUGGGCUGAGCAUCACAAGGACGAUCCACCGGCUCCUGAAGACGACGAAACUCAAGAAAAAAGGUGCGACGACAUCAGUGCCUGGGACUCUGAAUUCCUGAAAGUUGAUCAGCCAACUCUCUUCGCCAUAAUCCGCGCUGCUAAUUACCUAGACAUCAAGGGCUUAAUGGACGUAACUUGCAAAACUGUCGCCUGCAUGAUUAAAGGAAAGACUCCUGAUGAAAUUAGAAAGACUUUCAACCUGCCUCCAACCAAAACUCCUGUUGAUAAUAACGAUGUCGUAAAAGCAAAAUAUGGCGGGCCCAUGGAGAAGGAUGAAGAGACGAACAAGGAGACUAGUCAAUGAUAAAGUAACUAUUAAGUUCAAACCUAAAUUAUUAAUCAAAUAAGUUUUUUUUCUUUUUUUUUUUUUAUUAUUUUAUUGUAUUUUUCAUUUCUUUUUUCUUAUAUUGCAAGAAAUUGUUUUGUUAUACGACUGUAUAUUUAACAAAAAAAUACAAGUAUACGAUUACACGUGAUGAUCAAUGAAUAUAAUAAU